GGAGUUUGUGUUGAGGUGACUCAGUUGGACACUAACAAUGCUGGAACAGAAGUGGAGUCUAGAUAUGCAAGUUCAGCCUCUCGGGAUGCCCCUGGCACAUCAGGAAUCCAAACUAAUGAGGAGCAGCACCUCAAUAAUGGUUUGGGGGAAGAGGGGGCAAAACAGAAAGUAAUUGCAGAAAACUUGCAAAAAGCCAGUGACAUGAAUCAAGAAACACAAACAAGACAAGAGAGAGGGAAGAAGAGAAGGACAAUUUCCAGAAGCUCAAGAGAACAUAGGAAUAUGGAGCAGGGAACUCCAGAGAGAGGACCUUGUGAGGCUUCGAGGAAUGAUAGUGAUAAUUCUUCAAGUGGUGUGUCACUUCUCUUCCCAACUUCCCCUCCACAACCUUCCCAUAGGAGUAGCACAGUUGAGGAGAUUCACAGCCCGCGCAAUGAACCCAGUCCUACUGACAGUGAAUCCCUGACAGGUUUCAGCACUGCCACCAGGAUGCCAUAUUCAAAGGAAGAGGAUAGGAAGAUUUUGAAUUAUAUUGUGGAAAAUCGGGAAUGGGGAGAGGUA